AGGAUACCGAAUAGCACAGACCGUCAUGCGUGCAUAAUGUGUUUCCGGGUAUGUUGCAGGUGAUUACCGGUUUUUGAACCGUCGAUGGUCCUAUACAUCAAUGGGAAGACAUAACGGUUUUGGAAAGCCCUGCUGAAGUGAAGUUUUUUGCUUGAAUUACUCUCGAACCCCACUGGAUGUGAGCACUCAUCUGUAUUGUUAUGCAAAGUAUUGGAAGUGUGAACCUAAGAGUGUACUUUAGAAGUCAUUGUUCAAGYAAACAUUUUGGAGAACCUUAAGUCCCUAUGGCUUCAUGAAUGCAUAGAGCCCCAGAAAUUAGUGAAGUACUGCUGGAUAACCGAAUUUCAGGGAGAGGGCCAGGGACUCAAGACAUGGAGGUCGACGGAGAGGUACUCAAACCUACAAAUGAUGCACUUCUAGAAAGGGAGGAGAGGAUUGAGGUUGGGGACAAUGGGAUGGAGAGGACCUCUGAGGUCCUAUCGCCACUGGAGGCCCUGGCUCCCUCGGACAGUCUUGACAUUCAGGAUCAUGCCACAUCAGGUCCUGUGAUGACAGACCAUGGCCAUACAGAGAAGAUCCCAGGGGGAGUUGAUUUAGAGCCCCCUAUAGACUGGUUUGAACCCCUGGAGGAUGACAAUUAUGAAGAUGACACACAGGGCUUGGACAUGGGCCUUGCUAUGGGGGAGCGACACAUAAAUAGCAGAGGGGAUGCUGAAGAGGAGAGUGUUGCAGGGAGCGAAAGGAGCGGAAGCGUGGCAGGCAGUGAGAGGAACAUCAAGAACAACAACAACCUGUUUUCUGUUUAUAGGCGGAAGAAAAGAGUGAAAACUGAAGAGGGCUGGGAGGACUGCCCGGCACUUGGAGAGGGGUGGAAGCGCAAGGCGGUUGUUCGUCGCUCGGGUUCUAGUGUUGGCCAGAGUGACGUUUAUUACAUGAGUCCGAGUAAUGAGCGUGUGAGAAGUAGGGUUGAGCUUUCCAAAGUCCUGGCAGAUACUCUGGACAUGACAAUGUUUGAUUACAAAGCAGGGGUGUUCAGGGGUGCUGGACAACCCAAGACACUGCGCCUGAGAAAGAAGAUACGGAAGGAUCAUUCUACCUCAGUGGACUGUGGCUUUUCCUCAGAGUCCAGCUCCAUGGGCACACCAAGCAGAGACCCCCAACUCCAACAUAUCACUCCCCCAAGACCAAACACCUCUCUCACACAGAUAAGCUCAGCCUCUGUCGCUCAUGAUGUGGAAGGUAUGAAGCACGGUGCAACUAAACUGCCCUGGAGCCCUGUGUCAGCGCUUUCAGUCUCCAUCAAUGGGAAGGCUGGUUCAGAGCCCUCCUUUUGCGUCUGUACCAUUUGUGAUAAUUCAUACACAGGCUUUGAGUAUGAAAGACAGAUGAAGAAUCCCUGUUGCCCCAAAUGCAGGGGCAAGAAUCCAGUUUAUCAAAGAUUCAGGAAGUGGAUUCCUUGUGGUAACUGUAAGGCUUGCCUUACCACAGAGGAUUGUGGGAGCUGUGCUAACUGCAAAAAAGCUCUGAACCCUGACUCCAGAAAACCUGUCAGCUGUCGGAAACGCAAAUGUUUAUGUCCGAUCCGCAAGCACAAACCCGAAAGUCCCCAAAAGUUGGAUCCCCAUCCCAUGACGAAUUUCAAGAUUGACAGCYGAGAAUUGCAGAACUCCACUCCUCAAUACAGUGACCCCGAAGACUUCUCUGUGAAUGUCGAUAUAGAUGAUGACGAUGAAGAGUUUGAUGGUGAUGAUGCUGACUAUGAGGCUUGGAUAAGGAAACGUAAGCGACGCUCCUGUGGGAAGUGUGAAGCUUGUAAUAGUAGGAUGGACUGUGGCACUUGUGAUUUCUGCAUAGACAAACCGAAGUUUGGAGGCAGCAAUAAGAAGAGACAGAAGUGCCGUCUGCGGCAGUGCCAGAAACAGGCCAUGAGACACUUGUUGCCCUUUCAGUUGGGUCAGACUGAUUUUGGGUCCGAAGAGGGGUGGGUGCAGCUUGGCAGGCCUAGACCUCACUUUACAUACAGUCGCAAGACUACCCCAAAGAAAAGUAAAACACCGCAGCGGGAAGUGGACCUGGAGUUCACUGAUGAUAUAGACGAGCCUCUGCAGGUAGAAGAUGAUCACUCCAUGGAAACAGCACAUUGGCGCCCUAUGCUUCCCAGCAGUAGCAUACCCCAGGAUGAGAACUUCAGAAACCAGCUACCGACAGUCCAGGUGCAUAAAGAGACGAUGGAAAUUGUCAAAAAGAAUGCGCUUAUGGAGCGUGUCCCGCAUAUCCUCAACCAUUUAAGUUCUCCAGCAUAUUGCACACUGUUCAAACCGGCGGAUCCCCCAGUGCAAUAUGGUGGACCUCCAGGUGAGAAUACGUCCUUGGCAGCCCCAGAUGGACAGAGUGGAAUGAACGGAGGAAGGCUAAGUGUGGAGAAGGAUGUAGAAAUGCCGUCUGGAGAGCCUGAAGUAGAGGAGGUCACACCUAUGAUCACUCAGAUCUUCAGUUUGGCUGACAGUGCAGGAACAAGUGGGAUUGACCAGGACCAUGAACUGCUAAAGCUACUGGAGUCCCUGCGCAGCUCUGCACUCCCCACACUCUGGUUUGCCAUAAUGGUGGAGGGCCCGACGCUACAGCUACUGCAGUGCUCCAAGCUCUCCCACAUGGUGGACACAACUGUCCAGAUUGAUCUAGGCUUCUGCUAUCAGAUCUGUGUACAGGGCCAGCAGCUGCUCCUCACCCACCCACUGUAUGAAGCUCACCCAUCUGGCCUGACCUCUGUGCCCCAGGUAGUGAACCUGCUGCUAGAUCUGGAGAAGUACAAUGUGUGCCAGGGGGUCCCGAACAAGGAGCAGCCAUUCAGCCAGGCUCCAAUCAUUAUUGAGCGGGCAUCGACCUGUGACUUUCUGGUACUUAAAGAAACAGAGCACUGUCCGAAGUGUAAGGCCUUAUCCUGUAGCUAUUAAGAACAUUUGGUGCCGCAGGAGAAAACGAAGAAAUGGCCACAGUACACACAGCAUCACACCUCUGCUCUCACAAAACAUCUCAAGUCUUUGCUGGGGAUGGACAACCAGAACUGGUUUACACACUUACCACUGGACUUUGCAAUUAAAUGUAAGACAUUUUGAAACGGGAUGUUUUAUUGCCSUUUUCGUAAGUAUAUCUUACCAAUAAAUGUACAAAUCAUUAUYGUUUAAAGCCUGCUUUUUUGCAAUAGCUUUUCAGGUUUAUUGAGGCACUAGUACAGAAUACAGAUAUUAUAGCUUUCAGCCGCUCUCUGACACCCAAUGUGAACCGUGUGUUCUGUUUAUUUUUCUCUUGUUUAGUGCUCAGUGUGGAAGGUCACAGUGCAUCCACAUUUCCUCAUUUAGAUAGAUAAUAAGUGGUUUAUCUUGGUAACGUAAGCAACCUUCAACCUUGACCAUAAGCACAUGAACAUUGUUCGAUUAGAUCAUUGAUUUAUAAAUUAAUCAAUAUGUGAAACCAAUGUCCCACAUGAAGACCUAAAUGUAUGGGAUUAUCACAUUCUGUCAACCGUUGGCUGAUCUAACCCAAUGUUGUUGUUUUGAGAGCAGGGCUUCCAGAACCUCUUCUAGAGGGUGAGACAGUCAUAAUCCUUAUAAGCGUCAUCUUCCCAUUGCCAUUGUCAAUCAUCAUCUGAAGAGAACCACAGCCAAACGGCUUGCUUGAUUUAAAUGACUCUGUCGGUAGCAUGUUAUAUCUUUCACUGCUCAUGGAGAUUCUGUUAAGUAUCUACAGUGAGGUUGCUCUAUUCAGAUAGACACAUCUGAAAAAUACAGAUGUGCUCAAAUUGAAGCAUUAGUACUUAGUUCUCUUUAAAGCUGUUUUCUAAAACAUUUAUUUUACAUGAAAUUAAAAUCUGCAUUUGAAAAAAGUAAACACUGAAAUGAUUCUGUCAUGACCUGUGAGUUCUAUUCCUAUGGUUCUGGUCCUUCUUUUUACAGUCUAUGCUCUGAUCAGUGUGUUCUUUCUACUUUACACUGCUAUGCCAUUGAGUUUCUUUAUAAGGUUUGGUAUCAUGGAGAAAUAUGCGUUUGUAAAAUGAGCAAAUUCUGCUGAUUUUUAAUAAAGCCUAUUUUUCCAAAUUAA